CUUUUAAGAAAUGUAAAAAUGUAAAUUGCAACAUAUAAAAUAACUGUAAAUAGCCAAAGGCAACGUGCACAACACAAGUUCAGUGUGAAUGGUGUGCGCGCAAAUCAAUUGUAAACGCAACAAUAACCAAAACAGCAGCAACAACAACAACAGGAACAACAGCAACAGUAACGACAACAGACGUCGUAGUCGUAGCCCAAUUGCAAUUGCAACAAUUCGAUGAACAACUUCACAUUCAUAUCCAACAAACAGAAAAAGGAAACCAAUAGAAGCAGAAGAAGAAGAAGUGAAUUUGUUUUGUCGUGUUGUUGCGGUGCAGAAUGGAACAGGAUUCCUCAACUGAACUGCAUUUGAGCAGAAUACGUGAAGUGAAAGAUUUGGCCGCAUUAAACGACGACGUGCGCGAUGUUGUGAAAGAAGAGGUCACAUUAGAGAAUCACCAUCAUCAUCAGUUGGAUACGAAAGUUCGCAUGGUCACAUCCUCCUCAAACGACAACAGCGGCAGCGGCGGUGUCGGCGGCGGCGGCGGCGGCGGCGGUGCAAAUGGCGGUGGCGGCGUUGUAUCAGUGCCCGUAUCACUGCCCAUCGGCUCAAUGAUAACUGGCACGGCCUUUAAUGUGAUUACGCCCGAUCAGCUGCCGCACUUCAAGCCGAUGCUGUGCGUCGACAACAAUGGCUACCUGUCCAGCAGCACGGUCAGCAUGGGCAGCGACCUCAAAACGAUUGUAAUACAGCAGCAGCAGCAGCAACAGCAGCAGACACAGACGAGCGUCAAUAGCGGCGCGGGCAAUACAAACACCACCGCCACAAACACCAUUGGACUGAAUCACGAUGGCUCUGGUAGCAAUAAUAGCCAUGACAGCAUCGGGACACUCGAGCAUGCUGCUGGCGGCGGCGGUGGUGGCGGCAACACAACUGGCUCCACUGGCUGGGCGGAAACAACAUCCAGUACACAGCACAUGGAGGUCUUCCAGAUACGCUGUAAAACCACCUCCGCCGAACUGUAUCGCAGCAAACUGGGCUCCGGUGGCCGAGGGCGUUGUGUCAAAUAUAAAGACAAAUGGCAUACGCCCAGCGAAUUUGAGCACGUGUGCGGUCGCGGCUCCAGCAAGGAUUGGAAACGCUCUAUCAAAUAUGGUGGCAAAUCGCUGCAGUCCCUCAUCGAUGAGGGCACGCUUACGCCGCACGCAACCAACUGCAGUUGCACAGUCUGCUGUGACGACGAAGCAGGUGAGUCAGCUUCCGGUCCUGUGCGUCUAUUCACGCCGUAUAAGCGACGAAAGCGAAAUCAAACCGAUCUCGAUGUGGAACCUGGGCCCAAACGCAAACGCAAUACACAUAGCAACAAUAAUAAUAACAACAAUAAUAGCAACACUAACAACAACAACACAAGCGGUAGCAGCAUCAACAACAACAACAACAAUAACGUGGACCCAACGCAAGCAACCGCAACAAGUGUUGUCGACGAUAAUAACAUGUUUUUAGCCGAAGACAACAUUACGUCCAAGGAUGAACCGUGGGCGGCGCUCAAUGACAGUUUAGACACCUCCACCGAGCUGGUUGACCAAACGCAAAUGGGCAAUCCGUACGAGCGCGAAACGUUUGUGGUUAACAUCAACGAUACGGGCUCCAUUGCCGUGCUGGAUAGCAGUCAAUCGAUGAAGAACAUCGAGCACGUUUACUGCACCAUGGUGAAGGCAACUAACGAUUUUAAACGCCUGCUCAACGACAUGAAGCAGAACUACGAGCGACGCAUCGAGGUUCUGCAAAAGGAACGCGAUGCGGCGGUAUCAGCGAUGCGUGUCCAGGUCCAUACAGACAUCGAUGAUCCGAAUAUAUCGGGCUCAUUACACGGCAACGAGAUCAUAUCGGCAAAGAAAUGCGCCAACUGCAAUCGGGAGGCGCUGGCCGAGUGCUCGCUGUGUCGAAAGACGCCGUAUUGUUCGGAAUUUUGCCAGCGCAAGGAUUGGAAUGCUCAUCAGGUGGAGUGCGCAAGGAAUCCACAAACGACAACGCAACAGGUCAUGUUAUUGAUCGAUGAUCAGUCCUAAGCAACGUAACGAAUUGUACAUACAAAUUUUACUACUAAUUAAAUAUAUGAUUAUGCAAGGCCCCCCCCCCCCCC